GGUUGAUCUCCUCGUCGAGACUGCCCAAAAUCGAUCGAACUUGGAACCCUUUGGAAUCCGCGGUGUGUCGAUGCGCGCGCCCUGGUCUACUCAUACAACCUCGGAGUAUUCAUCUCCCAUGCGAUGAAAGUUGUCUGCAUCGCCGAAAAACCCUCCAUCUCCAAAGCCGUCGCAGGAAUCCUCUCAGGCGGCCGUCCCUCAGUCCGCGACACCCGCAACAAAUACAUCAAGAACUACGACUUCACAUACCGCUUCCCCUCAUGGGGCGACUGCCACGUCACAUUCUCCUGUGUCAUGGGACACCUCAUGGAAAUUGACUUUGAGCCCGCAUAUAAAUCAUGGCAGUCUUGCCCGCCUGCCGCGUUGUUCGAGGCACGGAUCGUGAGUAAGGUCGGGAAGGAUCAGAAGGGGGUGUAUGAUAAUAUAGUGAGUGAGUGUGCUAGGGCGGAGAUAUUGUUUAUUUGGACGGAUUGUGAUAGGGAGGGAGAGCAUAUUGGGAGUGAAGUCAUGGGUGCCGCACGGCAAAAGAAUCCAAAUAUCCGAAUCUACAGAGCAAACUUCAACAACCUGGAACGAGCACAUAUCAUCCAGGCUGCCCGGAACCCCGUCGCAUUGGAUCUCCGUGCCGCGGCAGCAGUCGAUGCACGACAAGAACUCGACCUCAGGCUUGGAGCUGCAUUCACCCGCUUUCAAACCCUACAACUCCAACAAGCUAUCCAAGCCCUCGCAGACCAGAUCAUCUCCUACGGCUCCUGCCAAUUCCCAACACUGGGCUUCGUCGUCGAUCGUUGGCGCCGCGUCCAAAACUUUCGUCCUGAGACGUUUUGGAGUAUCAAAGUCUCCUACGUUCGCGACGACAUCGAUGUUGAAUUCACCUGGAAACGUGGGAGGUUGUUUGAUCAGUUGGCAGUCGUAUUGAUGUUUGAACGGUGUUUGGAGAGUGGAAUGGCGAGGGUGGCGAGUGUCAUACGAAAGCCAACAUCGAAAUGGCGGCCCCUCCCCCUCACAACCGUCGAGCUCCAAAAACAAGGCGCCAGAUUUCUCGGCAUGUCAUCCAAGAAAGUAAUGGACAUCGCGGAGAAAUUGUACAAUAAUGGGUUUUUGUCGUAUCCGCGAACCGAGACUGAUCAGUUCGACCCUGGGAUGAAUUUACGAGCACUAGUGGAGAAACAGGUCGUCGACCAACAAUGGGGAACCUACGCACAGAAACUGCUGGAUGGGGAUUAUCGCGCACCUCGGAAUGGGAGGAAUAACGACAAAGCACACCCGCCCAUCCACCCCAUCGCACACGUCGCCCCACACGCCCUCCGAGACAGAGACGAGCAUCGCGUCUACGAAUUCGUGGUUCGUCGCUUCCUCGCCUGCGUCUCUGAAGACGCAAAAGGCGAAUCAUCAACCGUCGACCUCGAAUACGGCGGCGAACGCUUCUCCACCUCCGGCCUCAUCGUCCUCGCCCGAAACUACCUCGACGUCUACCCCUACGACCGCUGGACAUCCUCUCGUCCCCUCCCCGCCUUCACGCAAGGCGAACUCAUACCGCUCGAUACGGCGAAUGUGACGGAGGGGGAGACGAGUAGUCCGAGUUUGUUGACGGAGAGUGAGUUGAUUGGUUUGAUGGAUGCGAAUGGGAUUGGGACGGAUGCGACGAUGGCGGAUCAUAUUGAGAAGGUGUGUGAGAGGGGGUAUGUCUUUAAGCGCCCGAAGGGUGGUGGUGGCCGAGGAGGCAGGGGUGGUGGUCGCGGACGUGGUCGUGGUCGGGGUGCCGCCAAUGGCGACAACGGCGGAGGCGGCACCGGAGGCGGCGGCAUAACCGAAUUCGUCCCCUCGAACCUCGGCGUAGCCCUCGUCGAAGCCUACGACACCAUCGCCUUCGACGCCUCCCUAACAAAACCAUUCCUCCGAAAAGAAAUGGAAGAAAAGAUGCGUGCGAUAUGCGACGGACGAAAGACGCGACAAGAGGUUGUUCAUGAGAGUUUGGAGCAGUAUCGGGAGGUGUUUGUAAAGGCGAACAGGGAGGUUGGGGUUUUGAAGGAGGCCUGUCGGAGGUAUUUGGAGGUUUAGUGCGGGGCCCGGGAGGGCUGGGAUGGGAUAAGAGUGUGAGAUUAGGACUAUCAAGUGCUGAUAGACUAGCUACGUACGUUUAAGUACACGAAGGCGUAACACGAAACAAAUCACUUGCUGGCCAAAACCUGCUUUACGACAGCAUGAAGAUCAUCCUUCGGAGCCCACCCAAUCUUCUGGUUACUAAUCUCAUCCUUCUCAAACGCGCCAUUCCCACCCCAAAGAACGGCUU